AUGACACCAUAUAAGUUGGUGUUCGAGAAGGCUUGCCACUUGCCAGUGAAACUUGAACACAAAGCUUGGUGGGCAUUGAAACAUGAGGCUGCGGGUACAACGAAAAUCACUGAAUUGCAUGAGCUCGACGAGUUUAGAUAUCUGGACUUUGAGAGCACGAGGUUGUACAAGGAAAGAAUGAAGAGGUUGCAUGACCAAAACAUUGUUGAGCGACAUUUCAAACCCGGGGACAUGGUACUGCUCUAUAACUCAAGAUUACAGUUGUUCCCUGGUAAACUUAAGUCACGAUGGUCUGGUCCAUUUCGAGUGGUCGAAGUAUUCCCUUCAGGGGCUGUAGAUAUUGCCUCAGAGAAAGACUCUCACAUAUUUAGAGUCCAUGGGCAGAGAUUGAAGCUAUACAUAGGCAUGAAAGAGCCAAAGGAAGUGUCAGAGAUCCACCUGACGGAACCUCAGGGGUCAAACGAGCCUUAA